AUGUCCUCUACCGCCAUUGCUGGUAGCGACGCGUCGCGUCCAGCGCGGUCGAGGAUUUUAACACCCAGCUCGGAGGGGAGCACAAAUCACAAAGAUGAGCUGCGUUCACCCGAAAGACACCAGAGGAAGAGAGCCGACUCGGCUACUAUGGAGCACCUCUUGAAGCCUUCAAUUGCUGUCAAGCCGCACCCGCCAAAGCUUCAUGUCCAGCCUCGUAUUCUCUAUCCAUUGAUGGUCCUCCCUCGCGAACGCCUCCCACUCUCCUGUAUCGAUUUUCACGCUACGAGUGUCGACCUCGCCUCGCUUCGCCUGUUUGAAUCCCAUAUCAAGAUUCUCGACUUGGAGAGCCGUAUGGGCUCCGUCCCUGUCGUCCUUAUUGCCCGGAAAGAAGCAAGUCGCGCCGUUUAUGUCCUCGAGAAGCAAGAAAGUGGUCUUUAUGCUAUAUGUAGGCUAGGACCAUGGGUAGACCUUGAUCUUCUAGCAAGCCAUUCAUCUGCCGUCUGCCGAGAGCGACUACAUCGAGUUGUCAAAAGCGAACGUCAAAACCCCAACGGCCCAUCCGCCAUCACCACGCCUCACAUACACAAAGAAGAGAAGAGCAAGCGCGCCGCUAUAGAAGCUAUACAGUCUCUGGUUCGAAAACGACCAAGAUCGCAGUCCGUUUCGACGUUGGCCGAAUCCGUAAAACAAGAGACAGGCGAAGCUGCCACGCCUACAGACUCAAAGCUACCAUCUCCGACAUUGCAAUCGGCCAAGCCAAGGAGGCUUAGCGAACAUGCAGUGCAGCCCUUGCCUUGGACAACCCCAACUGCUGUUGACAUCGAAGUGCAUCAGCAGCAGACCAAGGAAGACAUAUUUGAUACACUAAGAACGCAGUACUUCGAUGUGUUAUACAAAUCAAUGGGAUCUCUCGCAUACUUUGCCAAAGGGCCGCUUUCGCGCGCUCGUUCAGCAUUUCAGCUUAAUCUCGAAUCUGAUCUCGACCUGGACGAUCUUAUCGAAUUUCUCAAAAGUCUUGUCCUGACCACUGUGCAGAUCGACAAGAAGUAUCGUGAAACUGUUCCCGCACUCAUUUCUCAGAUGAAGACAAUUGUAGACAGCUCUGACGAGAGUCGAAAAAGAAAACGACGGGCCAAGAGAAUGAAAGUUGGCAAGGACGGUCUCUAUCCGCACGAAGAAGCUCGUAUCAGAAAGUGGUGGGCUGCCAACAAGCCCGAACUUAAGGAAGAUGAAACGAACGUGCCUGUCCCGCAAAUGAAGUCUCUGGCUUCCAUGCUUCGCACAAGAGAAACUCAGCUACAGAUGAUCGUUAUACUGGAGAUCCUUGCUUUGACUCCUCUAAAGCCCGCAGAUGAUGCCGAGGACAGCCAGCUUCCUCUUUUGCCUGGUGCUACUGAGUCUCAAGGUGACGUGGCGCCUCUCUCUAUCAAAAAACGAAGCAAACACAAUCUCCCGGUGCUCCUGGAUGUCCACGCUGAUCGUUUGACCAUCUGGCAAUCCACUGCAUCUGAUGAACAGCUACUGUUGGAAGACUCACAGAUCUCGCAAGCCCUCGAUGGCCAGUCCCAACAGAAGUCAUCCUCAGAACCUCUCAAGGACUUUUGUGUGGACAUCAUUGUACCAUUUUUCUCUCAAAGGCUACCGGAACUUUGUGACUCAAUCAAUCGCAAGCUAGGGGGUCCCAUCAUUCUGAAGUCUUCAAGGCCAGCAGCUCUAAGACGAUCAUCCAGCAAACGGUCUCCAAAGCCAGGUGCGGUGGCAAAACGCUCCGUAUCGGGACAGCCCACAAGGACGUUGCAGAGAGCUCUUUCAACAGAUCAACAAUCCCGGCGAAGUGUUUCCAGGGGCCCUAGCAAUAUGAUUGCGCUGAUGCGAUCCGCAACUACGACUUCCUUGCCAGGUAUCAAGCGGGAAGCAAGUGAUUCUGCCUUGGCUAAGUCAGUACUUGGCAAUGAGCCCGACUUGAUGAAUAGGAAGAGUGGUCCGUUGUCACGAAGUAGUAGCGUAUCUAAUUUGCAAGAUGUCAAGUAUAGCAAGAAGGCUCAAGUCGAUGCACAGUUGAAGGAUGCCAUUUCUUCCCUGAGAAAGCCAAAUCGCGAGGUGGUUGGCAAAGCGCUAGCUGAAGCAGCGGAACGCCGUGCAACUGUGAGCUCUUCAGCAAAGAAAGUGAGAAGAUUGGGCAGGGCUUCCAUGGGUGCGCCGAUCGUCAAGGCGACACCAGCAAACGCACGAUUCAAGGAUGUAUUUGCUUCAAAGCCCGACAUAAUGGACACGCCAUUGAUGAGCACUGAGGACGUCAUUCCUCCCUCGAGCCUUCCGUCAAUGGUACCAUCUACGGGUCUUCGCACAGGAGGUCAACGAAAUGAUUCUCGUGAGAGUCGAACUCCUGAUUUCGAGAGGAUCGGCAGCACGCCAACAAAGGCUGCGUCAAGUUUUAUCCGGCGCCCGGCGAAUGAUCCAGACGUUUUGCCAUUUCCACCUUCUUCACCAUCCCUAAAGCGAAGGACGGUGACUGCUGCGGAUCUGUUCAAUCCUGUCGGUAUCACAGAUCGAAAAAGAAAGGUUAGUUUUGAGUCAUGUCGCAACGAGAUCUUGGCCACACCAGUGAAGGCUAUCAAGACAAAGAGCGUAGAAGACCUGGAAAACAUGAUAGUUGAGCCCGCGCCUUCUAAGCCGGUAUCAAUCUAUCAAAAGUUGGGUUGGGAUGGCGACGAUAUAGAUGAACUGUUAUGA